GACGGCGGCGGUGGCGGCGACGACGACGACGACGAGAGUGCAAAGCAAACAGCAAGCAGUAGUGUGUGAGCGGAUGCAGUUCUAGUGUAGUGUGUUCCGUUCCGUGAUCGUCGCGGGUUCCGUGUGCAUCGCCGCAGAUGAUAAUGCAUCAUCAGCUGACCCUACAAGUCCAGAACCGAUAUUUCCGCGUACAGUUUGAUUAGCAGUCGCAUUCCCGCGCUUUGUGCCACCUGAGUAUUGUGUUAGUAGAACAGCAUCUUUUCUGGUGAGGAAUAUAUCUAGGACAGCCAGGAUGACUAAAGAUUCGCAAAUAAGCAGCUGCGAUCGCUGCCCAAGGCUAGUGGCAUUCGGAAAUGUGCUGCUGGACAUCAGUGUCGAGCUGCACGACAACAAGAUCCUCAAGGAUUUCGACCUGAAGGAGGAUGACCAGCGGGAAAUUCCAGCGGAUAAGUUGGCCCGGUUGGGGGCCGUUGCCGUGGAGACAUGCGGCAAACCGAAAUACAAUCCUGGCGGUUCUGCGCUGAACACGUGCCGAAUUUUGCGCGCACUUGGCGAGAAGAAUGUGAUGUUCUGCGGUGCCAUCGGGGCGGACGAGAAUGGAGAGAUCCUUACGCAGAUACUGAAGGAUAGCUCGCUGGCCACGUGCAUUCAAACCCUGCCGGAGUAUUCCACGGGUACUUGUAUCUGUCUUAUCAGCGGUGAUAAGCGCAGCCUCAAUGCAAACAUCGGGGCGUCGUUGCACUUUAAGAAGGAAUUCGUCACGUCACGUUGGUGUCAAAGCAAGAUCGGAAGCUGCAAUUCGGCGGCUCAUGUUGAUAGCGACGAGGAAAUUCGCAUAUUCUACGUUGAGGGUUACUUCGUGCCGGAAAAGUUUGCCAUAUGCAAACACAUCUACGAAAAGUACUGCAAGGGAACGCCGAACCUGUUCGUCACCAACCUCAAUGCCAGCUACAUUCUGCAGAACUUUACCAAAGAAAUGCAACACCUGGUCGAACAGGCUGACUUGGUGUUCGGCAAUCUGACGGAGUUCAUUUCGCUGGCCGAAAUCUACGAGUGUGCCACCGUGGACGAUUUGGCCCGGUGUUUGAUUAGGAAGUACUUGAAAAUCAAUCGGGAGAAGAUCCUGGUCGCCACGGAUGGGUCCCGAAGCGUUCGAUUCUAUCACGGCAAUGGUAGUGCAUUCUACGCGGAGUCCUAUCAGGUUCCGAUUAUUCCUAAGAAGGCAGUAAUCGAUACAACUGGUGCCGGUGAUUCCUUCGUGGCCGGAUUCCUCUACAAGUACAUGAACGGCGAAUGUCCAACACUGCUGGAUUGCAUUCGGUAUGGCAGCAAGGUCGCUGCCAAGGUCAUUCGUCAGGUGGGCUGCAAUCUGCCGUCGUCUGUGCCCACCUCUCCGGUUAGCGGAUUGGUUCCACCGGUAGUAGCUGACGAUGCUGAACCGACACUUGCCUAGAACUAUCGCGAGCUACUUAUCCUUAUGUGUUUUUUUUCUCUUCUGUGUACGUAAAUCCGUUAAGCGACUUAUCAGCCCGGUACAGGUGUACUUGUAAUAGCGCAUGUUAUUUAUGUAGUCCCUUAGAACAAACGAAUGGUGUUCUGUUUCCUUAAUGACAAAAAUUUGGUCUGAACGAGGGUAGUGUGAUCUCAUUUUAUUUCUGUUUUAGCUUUAGUGCUUAAGGAAGAGUAACGAUUGUGCGCUGACUGUGCAAUUAAAAAAGUAUACACUUCUAGGUGAUAGUUUUGAAUCUCUAUAAAUGUUUUGAUAAUGUUUCGUUAUAUGAGUUUUAAGGCCACAAAUUAUGCAAUCGCUGAAAAACAAGCCACAUUUGUUUCAUAAGAUCAUUAUAAUAUAUAUUCAAAACUGUUAA